AUGGAAUUCUCCAUAAAUUUGUUUACACUGAACUGCUGGGGUAUCCCUAUUGUAUCCAAAAAUCGUAAGGAAAGAAUUGAAGCAAUUGCUAAGUAUUUACUUUCCGGUGAUCAAGACAUUGUAUGCCUUCAAGAAGUCUGGAGUGAAAAUGAUUAUCUUUAUUUGAAAGAGAAUAUAAGUAGUGUACUGCCAUAUUCACAUUAUUUCUACAGUGGAGUUCUUGGUUCAGGACUAUGUGUGUUCUCCAAGUGGCUAAUAAAAGAUGUCUAUUUUCAUAAAUGGCCGUUGAAUGGUUACAUUCACAAGAUACAUCAUGGAGAUUGGUUUGGAGGGAAAGGGGUUGGUCUGUGUCGCAUUAAAUAUUUGGACAGAUUAAUAAAUGUUUAUUGUACACAUUUGCAUGCUGAAUACAAUGAAGAUGACAUUUACCUAGCCCACCGAGUAUUGCAAGCACAUUUGGCUGCCGAGUUUGUGAACCUAACUUCUUCUCCAGCUGAUGUUUCCUUUCUAGCUGGUGAUUUUAAUACAGCUCCUGGAGAAAUAGCGUUUAGAUUGAUAACUGAAAUGGCAAAUCUUCUGGAUCCAUGUGAUGUUGAGUCAAUUGGGGAUACAGCAAAGAUGAUAAAAGCUUUAGGAACCUGUGAUAAUAUUAAUAAUAGUUACUCUAAUCCGAAAAUGACAAAAACCUGUCCGGAAGGAAAGAGAAUUGAUCAUAUACUGUUCAAUGUGAAUUCAGGAUGGGAGGCCGAAGUCAUCAGUCUCAAGAAUCCGCUACCAGAUAGAGUACCAGGAGAAGAAUUUUCAUAUUCAGACCACAACGCCGUGUCACUUGAGUUGAAGGUUAAGGCAAAUGCCAAAAACAAGGAACCGCCUAAGAGAUUUUACGACAAUUAUGAUGACACAGUAGUAGAAGCAAUACAAAUCUGUAAAGAAGCGAAAGUUACUCUGGUGAAAUCGAGAAAAUUAUUUUUGAUAACCGGUGGUCUUAUUUUCAUGGUUUUGAUUGGUUUGGUUGGGUAUUGGCCGAACAAUAUUUUAGUUGAUAUGAUCAAAAUAUUUAUGACCGGAAUUUGUUUUUAUUAUAUUGUUAUGGGGACGAUUUGGAACCGAAUUGAGAUGAAUAGUCUAAAAGCUGGGUUGUCGGCAUUAGAAAUUUUCCAAAAACGUAGGGUAAGUGAAAAUUAG